CGCACGGCGGUGGCGGGACUAUGGCGUUCACGUUGUACUCGCUGCUGCAGGCCGCGCUCCUCAUCGUCAACGCCAUCGCUGUGCUGCACGAAGAGCGCUUCCUCCGGCACGUUGGCUGGGGAAGCGACCAAGGGAUUGGAGGAUUUGGAGAGGAACCAGGAAUUAAAGCACAGAUAACGAACCUUAUUCGAUCUGUACGAACUGUUAUGAGAGUGCCAUUAAUAGCAGUGAACUCCGUUACAAUUGUUCUCCUCCUGUUGUUUGGCUGAAAGUACCUGUGAAAAUCAUUUGGACAUCCAAAGAAACAAGUUGCUAACCACCACUGCUCUGAGUUUUUGGGGAUCCAGCUGUCAGUCUGACACUUAAAGUAAUAAAGAGACUAUUUCCAUUUACCCUAUUUCCUAAUGUUCACUUGCAGUUUCAUUAAACCAAGAUAAUGGGAUCAAUGCAACAAUGCUGCAAAUGUAUUGGACUGUGACCAGUUCUGCUGCCACCUGAUUGUUAAGAGUGUGCAUUGUCAUGUAUUGCAAUGAUUGUUGGCAGGAUGCAGUUUUUAAACAUCUUGUUACUCAGGGAUGAAUUUCCUUCAGUAAACUUCCCAAUUUAUUUUUAAAUUAAAAUAAACAAUGGUGAUUUUUGUUUCGGUUACUACCAUGUUACUGUUUUGGAGAAUAUGAAUUAGGCUCUGAAAACAAUGUUCUAAGUUACUGGAGUUGUGGUAUCAAGGGACAUAAAAUUAGCUGGGUAAGGUCCUGAUUCAGUUUGAUUGAAACCACGAUUUUUCUCUUGGUGUUUCAGCACCUUUUCAAAUCAACUAAUGUUUCAUGCUAGUGGUAGAGUAAGUUGAAAAUAAGUGCAAUUCCUAUGCAAACUAAAAUUAAAAAUAAAAAAUAAAGCUGUACCUAAAGCUGAGCAACUCAGUGCUAAUUUAGGCUGGCAGGUGAUGGUAGGGAUUGUUACUGCUCUGUCAAGGAUUACUACUCUUUUUAAAAUGUGCAUUAAACUUCUGCUUGGUGAUUAGUGCUUUGGAAGUUGGGAACCAUUUGUGUUCUGAGCUUCUUUGGAAAAGUGGGAAGGGAAUAGAGUGCCCUUUCCAAGCGCCAUUCUUCGUGAAAACAACA